GGAAAUGAGAAACAGGCACAGCUCAAUAAUUCAUAAAGCAUCCGAUGAAGCACGCAGCACUACAACAAUCCGCCUCCAUCUCAGAUUAAUUGUUCACUGAAACUUUUUAAUGAAAUUUUAUGACGGAGGAGUAAAGAAAUGCCAGAAGAGAUGUCUCAGAAGUUUAUGAAUGCAUGAACCUUUCAAUUGGUAAAAGGUUUAGUUUUGGGGGGUGUAAUAGCCAAACCAGCUUCAAUUAAUCUUGUAUGGUUUACAUUACAUUGUGACAAGGAAAGAAAGAAAGAAAGAAAGAUCAGCAUUAUAAGAUCUAAAAAAUAUUUUGGAGCAUAUUUUACUAGCACCUUUAUAUGCUUCUGACUGGCCAAGUCGUUCUGUGCUUAAAAAAAUUAAUGGCUUUAAAAACAGUCCUGUAAUAAUAACCUAUGCAAAUGUAUGGUCUCUGCAGCUGCAGAAUUUUGGAUGAAUGCAAUUUAAAUGAAAUUUAAAACUAAUUAUCUAUAAUGACGGCAAUAAAAAAAAUGACAGUCCAGUAGAUAUUUUCUCAUGAUUUGUACUAACAAUUUUUAUUUCAUUAUGCUAGUUAUGUGACUUCAUUGUGUAUUUGACUCAAAGCCCCAUCUGUUCACCAACACAAUAGUCAAUAUUUUACCCUAACAUACACUAUAAGACAGGGGUCACCAGACUCGGUCCUGGAGGGCGGUGUCCUGCAGAGUUUAGCUCCAACCCUAAUUAAACACACCUGAACCAGCUAAUCAAGGUCUUACUAGGUAUACAGGCAGGUGUGUUGAGGCAAGUUGGAGCAAAACUCUGCAGGACACCGGCCCUCCAAGAUCAAGUUUGCAGGUGACGUUCAGAAGAGGAGGGGCUUUUGUGCGCCGACCGUCCCCCACGUGUUGUUAAGGAAGGAUGAUGAUGAUUUAAGUACAGUUAUCCGAGUGGCCAUCUACAGCAGAAUAGCGGCUGACCCAGCGACUCCAUGCAUGCGGCUUUAUAUCUGUGCCGCACUUAAUCGCCGCGGCCGAUUAUAUGUUUUUAUUUUCCUCUCCACUGAUGGGUGAACAAUGGAGAAGCCGUCAGCAGAAAUUUCUGGUGACCCUCCUAUUUUCCCAUACACCAGAUCAUUGUUUAUGAUGCUGUUGUUGUGUAGGAGGGCAGGGACGGACCUGAUCUCGGCGGAUUUCUGCUAGAAAACACUCAGAACUCGACGGGCUGUGACCGGCCUCGCAUCCUUCCAGACCCGAGCAGCUGAUGUUGGCGGUGCUGCCGCUCUCCUCCCGGCGAUCAUGGUGAAAUUCCCGGCGCUUACGCACUACUGGCCUCUCAUCCGAUUCCUGGUGCCGCUGGCCAUAACCAACAUAGCCAUCGACCUCGGCGAACAGGCUUUGAACAGGGGUAUUGCAACAGUUAAAGAGGAUGCGGUAGAAAUGCUGGCCAGCUAUGGUCUGGCCUACUCCCUCAUGAAGUUCUUCACUGGUCCUAUGAGCGAUUUCAAGAACGUAGGGCUGGUGUUUGUCAACAGCAAACGGGACCGAACCAAGGCAGUCCUCUGUAUGGUCGCCGCAGGAACCGUGGCUAUCAUUUUCCACACUCUUAUUGCCUACACAAAUAUGGGCUAUUAUAUCAUUAACAAACUGCACCAUGUGGAUGAGUCUGUGGGGAGUAAGACCCGGAAGGCGUUUCUCUAUCUGGCUGCUUUUCCUUUACUUGACGCCAUGGCCUGGACUCAUGCCGGAAUCCUUCUGAAGCACAAGCACAGUUUCCUGGUGGGAUGUGCGUCUAUUUCUGAUGUUGUUGCACAGAUUGUGUUUGUCGCUAUUUUGCUCCACAGUCACCUGGCGUGUGUGGAGCCCUUGUUGAUCCCAAUCCUCUCUCUGUAUAUGGGCGCCUUGGUACGCUUCACGAUCGUUGGUUUGGGUUACUACAGGAACAUUCAUGACAACAUCCCAGAAUCCAGUGGGCCUGAGGUUGGGGGUGAUGCCACUAUUAAAAAGAUGCUAAGCUUUUGGUGGCCGUUAGCUCUCAUCCUGGCUACACAGCGGAUUAGCAGACCCAUCGUCAACCUGUUUGUGUCACGGGAUCUGAAAGGAAGCACAGCUGCCACAGAGGCUGUCGCAGUUCUCACAGCAACAUAUCCAGUGGGUCAUAUGCCAUAUGGAUGGCUCACCGAACUCAGAGCUGUUUACCCUGCAUUUGACAAGAAUAACCCAAGCAACAAGUUGGCCAACAGUGGUACAGUUGUGACAAAGUCCCACAUCAGGCGCUUCACUUUUGUUUGUUUGGCUCUUUCUAUAACACUCUGUUUUGUGGUGUUCUGGGCGCCACACAUUUCUGAGAGGAUCCUGGUGGACAUCAUUGGAGUAGAUCAUGCCUUUGCUGAGAUGUGUGUCGCUCCAUUACGAAUUUUCUCCUUCUUUCCCAUUCCAGUGACAAUUCGUGCUCACCUGACUGGUUGGCUCAUGACACUGAAGAAGACCUUUGUCCUGGCGCCCAGCUCUGUCCUCCGCAUCAUUGUCCUCAUUACCAGUCUCAUAGUGCUGCCUUACAUGGGGGUACAUGGAGCCACACUUGGUGUUGGGUCCCUGCUGGCUGGUUUCCUUGGGGAGUCUACUAUGGUUGCGAUCGCAGCAUGCUAUGUCUAUCGAAAACAGAAGAAAAAGAAAGACUCUGAUGAAGACAUGACCAUCGACGGGGAGGACUCAGCCCCCAUGAACGAGGUCAGGGCCGGGGGCCGCAUGGACGACAUUGUGGAGUUGAGAGAAGAGGAUGAGGAAGAGCUGGAGGAAGACUGAGCAGUGGAUUCAAGGCUGAGCAGGAUGUGUUGUGGGAAUCAGGGCCUUCUUGCUUUCUCGGGCAGUGUUUUUAUUGCUUACUGUCCCCUGCUGCCGCCUUUCCCUCCUGCCGAAGCGAGAGCCCAGCUCACCUUUUCAGUGUGCACACAGUUCAAAUAAACACAGAGGGAGAUUUAGAUAUCAGUCGUCAAGACUACAGUCGUCUGCUGCAGCAUAUCUAUGUUACAGUACACACGCUGACAUACAAAUGCGUACAUGCGUCUUCCAGCUGCCGUCGGGAGAUUUUAUUUUCUGAUGCAGGACAGUGAAGAUAUUGAUCUGUACCAAAGCAAUGUUGUGCAUUAACUGCUAUUUUUUUCUGUAUGCUGAUCUUUAAUGUGCUGCCGUCCUACACGUUUUGAAUCUUCAAAGGAAAGACUACACUAAAUGCAAUUACAUCAUCCGCUUGGAAUGUAUUUUCUGUUUGUUGUUCUUCUUUUUUACUUCUAAUAUUUAUCAGAAAGGACAGACUUGAUAAGAUUUUUGAGGUCCAGAGGCGCUGACCUGUGUUACUGCACAGUUUCAACAUGUUAUUGUUAUUUUUAUUUUUGGCUUUUAUCAUUACAAGAAAUGUCAACAGAGGAUAUAAAUAUAUAUAUUACAGAUUUUUAUUGGAAUUGAGAAUGAAUUUGAUGGACAUCUUAGAAAACAACAGUUUCAGAGUGACAAAUGUUUGAAGUUUAUGGGUCAUCUAGAGGACCUAUUUUUUUAAAUAUAAAUACCAUAUGUUGUAGGUGUAUAAAAUAUGAUACAUUUUGUAUGGGUGAUGUUGUGAACUCUGUAUAUUGUAGGAAAAGAAAGAAUUGGACUGUGUGUUUUCAUAAUUACGUCUAUUGAAGUAUUUUUUGUCUUAUCUUAAUUUAUUUUGGGCAUUCAUUUUGUAUCUCAGGAUGUUCGUGAUGGAAAAUAUUAAAGUAAUAUAAAGUCUGAAUAAUGAUCCCUCCCUAAUGAGCUGUUUUUCAGGUUUCUCCAUGGGACAAAGAUACACAGCUUCUAAGGAUGUUUUAAGCCAGUGUUUGUUUCAUUUAGAUUAUAGUGAAGUCUAGCUGAGCUUGUUCUGUAUUAGAGAUUUCCUGGACAAUGCUUAGUUAUGAUAGAAACAUUUAUUACAGUUUCAGAAGUCUUCAGUCCUCUCAUUAAACAGUGAAAAUGUGGUUUAAA